AUGGUGACUUCUGCUGCUAGUACUACUAUUAAUAGUACUAGUGGAACUGGUCUAUCAGUAUCAGUAUCAGUCUCGAUAGGUGAUGACGAUAUGCAAAUGAAGAAAUCGGUUAGCUUUGACGAUGACGUCCAAGUGUUCAAAUUGCCAAAUGACAAAAGAGAAGAACUUUUGGAGAUUUUGUUCUACAGUCCUCAAGAAAUUUCUAAAUUCCAAGAUGAGCGAUUUGAAGAAGAAGCUCUCUUGCUGCAACAACAGAAGGAACACGACAAGAAAGAAAGAAAACAACAAAAAGAGGCAAAAAAGAGACAAAGGAGAGAAAAACUUCAAGCUAGAAGAGAAGCUAGAAAACUCCAAAAAUCUAAUUCCACUUCCACUCCCAAUGCCAAUGCCACUGCCACCACAUCUACUACUACCUGUACUACUACAUGUACUACCACCACUACUAUGCAUACAUGUACUACUACCAGUAUGACUACUACUAGUACUCACAGAAGCACCGAAAGUGGAGACAGCAAUUCAGACUACUACACUGUCUCCACUUCCAGUGGCUCAGACAGCGAAGAACCAACAACAGUCUUGCUACUUCCCACUCGUGUGGACGCACACUCGCCUCCGAAAAGACGAAGACACAGUUGGUCACACACCAAUCACACUUCCAAUCACACUUCCUCCUCCAACCCUAACAACAACAACAAGAAGAGUCCAAGGCGACUGAGGUUCCGACGAUCUGCCAAGAGUGAUGUGUCAUGUCUAUCUUUAGAUCUACAUGAUACACAUACACAUACACAUACACAUACACCAGCACUGGUUUCAUUGCCUGCUCAUCCAAGUCAACAACAACAACAACAACACUCCUCUUCUCCUCCUCUUUCCUCUGAAACUUUUCACCAUCACCAACACCAUCACCAUGAAUAUCCAGAUGACCCAGACCUAGAGGCUGCCAUGGCUCUCCUUCCAGCAACUGAAACUACUACAACUGAAACCACAACCACAACCACAGCCGACUUGCUACGGAGAGAACUACAAAAGUGGAAAAGAUCUAGUGGGGCACUACUUGCUUUGCUCAUUCUUUCAUGGGCAUGGUACUUCACUCUCAACUACAACUACAACAGCAGCAACAGCAUGGCAUUGCCUCUUUCUCGCUACAACUGGCUCAUUCGAAUCCCAUUCACUUAAGCAGAAACUGAAUCAACAGCAAAACCUAUACCAACUCGCUUCCCUACCGUUUCCUAGUGACUUGUACUGGUAAUACUUAGCACUAGCUAGAUCCUCCGGUCAGGGUCAAUGACUCCACUUUAAAAUCGUGGUGCACAGGUGCUGUUGGAUCGUUGCUACCACCCAUA